AUGCUGCAGCAGAUCCUGCACGACAUGUACAUCGACCCUGAGCUUCUGGCUGAGCUCAGUGAUGUGCAAAAGCACAUCCUCUUCUACAAGAUGAGAGAGGAGCAGCUUCGGCGCUGGAGGGAGCGGGAGGCCUGGGACACACUGGCCCAGGCCGAAGGCCUCAGGCCGGCAAAGGUGAAGCGAGGUAUGUGGCUUGGAGCAGCAAGCAACAAGCACAUCCAGUGGCUGUUGGGAGCAGAUGGCGAGGUCUGGGUGUGGGUCAUGGGUGAAGGUCCUGGCGACAAGCCCUAUGAAGAGAUCUCCGAGGAGCUGAUUGCAGAGAGAGCACGCCUGCAAGCCCAGAGAGAGGCUGAGGAGCUCUGGAAACAGAAGGAAGCAGAAAUCACCCAGAAGUUCCGGGAUGCCUUGGCCAAUGAGAAAGCCCGGAUCCUGGCAGAGAGGUGGAAAGUGGAGAUGGAGGAUCGCAAGGCUGCCAAAGUCCUGGAGGAACGUAUACAUGAGGAAUUCAAGAGGAAAGAGGAAGAAGAGAGGAGGCGAGGAGAAGAACAGAUUCGCCUCCAGGAGGAGCAGCGAGCCAAAGAACUCUACUGGACCCUGAAGCAGGCCCAGCUGCACUGCCAAGCCAGUGAGAAGGAGGAGCGCGAGUGGGAAGAGCAGUUGCGCAGAUCCAAGGCAGCUGAUGAAGAGAGGAGUCGUCGUGCCCAGCGAGCCCGGGAUGAGUACCGGCGCCACUCACUCCGAGCCAUCCAGAAGGGCACAGUCGCGGGCCUAAGCACCAUGUUCCAAGAACUUGGCCAGAACCAUGAGCAGGAGGCAAGACUUUGCCAUCAACUUCCAUGCACCAGUCAAUCAACACCCCUUACAGGAGCUGACAGGACCUGGGAGCGUCCUCUGCGUCCACUCUCCAGAGAAGUCAUCGUGCGUUGGUUCAAGGAGGAACAGCUGCCUCGCAGAGCUGGCUUUGAGAGGAACACCAAGUCCAUCGCUCCCUGGUUUCAUGGAAUUAUUAGCCGAGAGAAUGCGGAAGACCUUUUGGAGAAUAUGACCGAGGGAGCAUUUCUGGUCCGGGUCAGUGAGAAGAUCUGGGGUUACACCCUAUCCUACCGCCUACAGAGAGGCUUCAAGCACUUUCUUGUGGAUGCCUCUGGGGACUUCUACAGCUUUCUGGGAGUGGACCCUAAUCGCCAUGCCACCCUCACGGACCUCAUUGAUUUCCACAAGGAGGAAAUCAUCACUGUCUCAGGGGGAGAGUUGCUGCAGGAGCCCUGCGGACAGAGGGAUAGCCCACCAGAUUAUCACCUGCUGUUUGAAUGA